AUGGACGAGACCGACCCGUCCGCAGCCAUGCUGGCUCGCAAGCAGAAUUUCUACAACAAUCCCACCUUCUCCGAUAUCAGAAUACACCUUGUCACCAACAAUGUCGUCGUAGAGGAUAUUUUCGCACACAAAAUAAUCCUCAAUAUCGCCUCGCCUUGGUUCCAAGAUAAACUCGGCGAAAGUGAAAUGGGCUUCAUGGCCGUGCGAGGCACGCUUGCCGAGCAUAACGCAACGAAACUCAUGCUCCGUUACAUCUACGGCAUUCACGCCUAUCCUGCGCCUGAUUCGUCGAGCAUCUACAUGGACAUUGAGCUGUUGCUCACUGCAGAGAACUGCCAGGUCUUCACACUGGCCGAACAGGCCAGGAAGAGCAUCACGCAACGGCYGAACAUCCUGAAGGAUGGCGGGGCUUGGGGUCCUGCGACGUGUGCUACGGUUCUCGGUGUUAUUUACGCAUUGCCAAAGGAUGACGGAAGUCUUCGUCGUUUAGCUUGUGAAGCUUGUCAGGGCCAGAUGGUGGGUCUCGUGGAGGAACCCAAGUUUCAAAAGGCGCUGCUCGAUUAUCCAGAGAUCGCUGUGGAUUUGUUGAAGAGAGCCGUUUCCAGGUUCGAGACGCCGGAGUCGAACAAUCAGAGACAGGUCUGA